AUGGCACGAGUGAAAGACACAGGACUAGAUAUGGUUGCAGAAUCGCCGAGAUGUUCUCUCGUUCUCAAGGAUCGCAGCUAUUGGUUCAUUCGGGCUCUGGCAGAUCAGACGGAAUUUGAAGACGAGUGCGAUGAAAUGGAGGCUCGUCUAGAUGGACUGGUACUGAAGGUUGAACGGCGGGAGUUGGAGAAUCUUUGGGUUGCUGGAGUCAUCGAGUCAACGGUUUUGUAUAUCCAGGAGACGUUUCAUGUAUAG